AUGAAGCGCACCAUGCGCUUGGUGCGCCGGAGCUCGGUCUCAGGUGUUCGGGAAGCCGCCGCCAAAGCCAUGGCCUUCUGCCAGAAGGAGACGGAGGCACACGUGGAACAGGUAGUGCGCAAACACGUUGUGAAAUUUCUCGAGGAUUCCCACCGAUUCAUGCUUUCAUCAACAGUGAAAGCAAAAACCAAUCGUUGUACGAUUCUCCGGUCCGAAGCCAUGCUGCGGAAAACGCAGCGGUUGCGGGCAGCCCUGCCUGGGCUGGUCCGGCAGUGGCAUCGGUUGACUCGCAAUGGCCGUGGAUUCAGCACAGGCGAAGUGCAAUCGAGAUCCGGAUCAUCCUUAGCUGGUGUAGUCGGUGGCUUUGCUGUGGGUGCAAUCACAGCAGGUGCCACAGCAUACUAUUUCUUGCAGGCUCCAAGCACUCCGCCCGAGAAAGGGGCCACGAAGGUGAAGCAGGAGAUUGCAACGCCGGUGGCCAAAGAGAAGCCACAGGCGGAGAAAAGCAGUGAAGCAAAGGCCGAGAAAGUUGUUGAGGUCGAACAGACCAUCGAGAUGGAGAAGACUGAGAAGACCAUUGUAGAGUCGACUAAGGAAGUUGUGCCUGAGCCAACCCCAGAGGAGAUUGAGGAGGCCAACAAGAAGAAGGAGAUGUUGAAGAUCUUGCAGGUCCAAAGCGCAGAGGUGUCUUCAUUGGCCUCCAAUGCCUUGCAACAGGUGGAAACGGCUCAUCAGAGCAGCUCCCAGAGGAGAGAAGCAGCCUUGGCGCGACUGAAACAUGUUUUAGAAGUGGGCGACAUGAGCCUCAUUGCAGAGGCCUUGGCGGAGGCAAAGGCCGCAGCUGUUCCAAGUGGUGCAGCCGAGAUGAUGUUGGCAGAAGGUCUCGGUGUCGAGACUUCCACACAGAUAGAGGAUUUGCUGGAUAUGGCAGAGGAAUUUCGUGUCGAACCACAACAAGCACGGGCCGCCGAACUUGAACGAUGUCAAGGGAAGAGCCGGAAGGAGCUGGAGCAGCGCCUGGUGGAGCUGACGCGCAUGUUGGCGUCUGCCAGGUUGCAUUCCAAGGCGCGUUUGGAGCAGGCGUUGCAGACAAAGAUGACGCAACACGAGUUGCAAGCCUUGAAAGCGCUCUAUACAUCUUUGAAGGAAGCCGAGAAGGACUUUGACCAGGCAGCCGAGGUUGAGUUCCAAGAGUUAAAGCAGGAACUGAGAAAGCAGCAGGAGGGCAUCCUGCCAUACCUUGACACAUUUGACACAGCCACAGUCACCAGACAGCACGGCUCCUGUGUGGUGCCGGUCGAUGUCUCGGAAACGAUGUCCAACUCCCCUCAAAAGGGGAGAACCUUUCGGAAGCAGGGCACGGACUUGAGCUCCGCCAGCAGCGCCAUCAGCACCUUGAGUUUCUCUGCCAAUAGCUUCAAUGCCGCGUCUUUUGGGGCAUCUAUUGGCUUGCAACGGCGGUCGACCAUUGAGGGGCACACUCCGAUGGAAGAUUUGCAGAAUAGCAAUCGAAUCGAACAAAAGGAGGCGACAAGAUGCCGUGAGAUGUUAAGAAAUAUUGAAAAGGGUACCAACACUGAGCCGAUCAACCAGGAGUUCCGCAAGUGCGUGGCAUGGCUUGAGCUGUUGGACUACUUUGACGAGUAG